AGUACAGCGUUGGCGGGCAACAGCAGCGGUUCGAUACACAAAGAAACGAGAACUAAAAGUUAAAUAAAAAAUAAUUUCGAGAUUCCAGCAAAAGAUAAAAUUCAGCAUUAAUUUAGAUUUUAACUGCAUAUAACAACAUUUACUACAUUUACAACAUUUACAACAACAACAACCACAACCACUUCAAGUACAACAACAAAUUGUUUGGAUCAGUGACAUUGAAUACGGUUUCAUACGUUAAUCAGAAAGUCAGUCGGUUGCGGUUAUAUUGGACUCUUUUUAAAGUCAUAAACGCAUUCAGCGAGCUUCAACCUAAAAUUUAAAUCGAGCAAGAAAAAAAACACCAGCUACUGUACAUAUAAAAUAACGUCAGUGGAACAGUAUAAUAUCUGCACCCACAACUUACGACCGUCGGCAUAUCACAGCAGAAAUAAUUCAGUGGCGCAACUAACAACAAAAAGUGCACAACCAAGUGAAUACGGUAGCAAUAGUGGUGGCUAAAUUAUAAGCUCAGAAAGGCAUCACCAACAGCAACAGAUGUAGUACAGAAAUAGUUUAUUACUACGGCGAACACGAGGACUAAUGAUAAUAAAUUAAACUUGCUAUUAAUUUAGUGAAAAAAAUAAGAGAUCGCAAAAAACGAAAACGAUUGUAAUAAUAAAUAAUAAUUUCAUGGAAUAACAAAACUAGUAUGACUUAACAGUAAAUGUAAGAUUCUAACACUAAAACACUUGUAUCAACUAUACAGCCCCGUGAGAUUUUCAAGAGUUUUCGGUAGCGCAGUUGUAAGCAAGCUUCGUAGUGGAGCCCAGGCAGGCAAGCAAACGAAUUAUCGCUGAACUUGCAUGCAUAGGAAAGAAGAAGAAGCCUAUAGUUUAUUAACAAAAUGGAAGUAGUUGUAAAGAAUCAAAAUAAAACCCAUCAACAACAUGGCAAUCAAGUCAACAUACCAGAAAGUACAUUGAGCGUAAGAAGUAAUGGCAACAGCGCCGACGCUGGCGGCGGUGGCAAUGUUGCUGAUGGUGCACGUUCCCCAUUUCAACGUGAAGUGCGUGAAUGGCAACGCAUUGAUCCCAAUACAGGCGCAUUGCUUACAGGACGUUUAGAAGCAGAUCGUUGGAUUAAUGGUCCACAAAAUAGCUACGGAAAGAUAUCCGAUUCCCAAAAUAUUUCACAACCAGACGGCACACAACACACACAACGCAAACAACUCGAAGUAUUGCAAGCGCGCACUUCACGUGGAGCAAUGCAAGUUAUACGCACACAGACUGUACAAAAAACUUCAUCCCGUUGGUCAUCAUCAAAGUCAGCAUCCGCGUGCGCAUCUGCAUCAGCAUCAGCAACAUCAUCACCAAUCCUCACUAAAGCACAUAAUGCGUUACCCAGCAUAAGCAGUAGCCAUCAUAGCACUAACUCAGUACAUCACAGUCAUUUUCAUAAACCAUUUCAGUUAGCCGACCCUUGGCCACCAACUUUGAAUAUAUGCGAGGUGGAUCACAUUGAUGAUGAUGAUGUUACCGUAAGUACUGACGCUCAUGCCGUUGUAGAGCACGCAGAUGAAAGUGAUAUUGAUGAUUCUGCAAUCGAUCAACACUAUUAUCUUCAAAAUAAGGAUAGUGACAGUAGUGGCAGUAAAAGUCAUUCAAGUCAUUUAUUUAAACAUCACUCACUAAACAUCUACAACAAUACCCACAAUGGCACCAACAGCAAUCAUUCAUUAUUGUUAGAUACGGCUCCAAGUAUAAAAUUGAGUAAUCUUAUGAAAAGUAGUUCGAGUAUUUCUAGUAAUAAUAGCAGCAGUAAUAUAACACCAGUGAAAACAAUAAGAUCAGCGUCAACAACAACAAACUCCUACAAGAGCGCGAGCAAAAUAAGCCUACAUGCAAUUGUUGGCAAUAACAGUGGUACAAGCACUGACAUUAAAGCAAGUAAUAUAAGAAAGCUGCCAACAGCAUUAUCAGUGGCACCAAUAAUUCCAGCUUCGUCAACAACGGGUAUACCGCCUGCAAGAACAACACCUUGGCAGCAACUUCAGCCAGAGAAACGUACCGUAAAUCGACUGCUUGAGCAACCUGCCUUUUAUGGCAAUAGCAGUAAUAGCAGCAACGACAGUUCGACAAAAUCACAAUCACCAUCGCCGCGCGUAGGUGGCAACGAAGACGAUGAAUACAUUGUUGUUGCUACUCGUGUUACAGAUCACGGUGAGGUUAUUCCCAGAACCAACACUUUCGGUACCAAUUCAUUUGUUAAUACUCCACACCGUCAAAUUGGCGGCAGCAUCAAGAGUCGAGCAAACGUUAGAUUGACACCAACGCAACCGAAUCGGCAACAACAGCAACGCCAAGAUUUGGAAAGUUUCCGGUAUGGUAAAAUUGCUAAUAAUGACAAUGUUCACGACGACGAUAUUGAAUAUGACGAUGACGAUGACGAAGACGAAGACGAAGAUUUACGUACAUUAACAACACGAAAUCAGCGACAUCAAUUGAAUCCCGUAAGGCAGAGUAUCACCACAACGUUGCAUCGUUCUAGAUCGAUCUCAACAGAUGAUCUCAGUACUGAAUGGGAUGCAAAUGAUGAUACAACAGAAGCUUCAGGUGAAUGGCGACGUGUAAGUAAAUUACGACGAUCAUUUCAAUCAACUUCGAAAUCAGGCACUUCAGGUCCUCGUCAUCCACUUGAUUUGCCGCCUUUUUCUGUUAAUGUUUCUAAAAUACGUGCAGAGAUAGAGAAUGGUCGUCGACUUAAUACAGCAAUGCGUAAUAAUCACGUGGACUUAGCUGCCUUAAAUACUAUACUUAAUAAGUCCUCAGAACUGAAGCCAAUACCAGCUAAACGCACAACAUUUCUUACUGCGGAAUCAUUAAAAGAAAUAAGAGGUAAACUGAAAAAGUUAUCCGAUGAAUCAUUAUACAAAGACGAUUUUAUUGUACAUAAACAUCCUGCUGAAAUUAACGAACAGAUUAAAGUUCAAGAAGUAAAAGAUAUAUCCGAAAGACGUUUUAGACAAUUUACACCUGAUCAAUCACCUGAGCAUGUAUUACCAAAUACUACUUUUCAUUUUGUGACAAAAGAGCAACCAAUAGCAAUUGAUACACAACGGUCAGCUUUAAAUUCUAAAGACACAAAACAUACUAAUAGUUUAGAAUCGAGACAGAAACUCAAAGAUACAUCUACAGCAGAGUGGCAUAUGCGCAGAAAAUCAUAUGGUUUUGAGAAAAUGUCACCACCUGCGGAUAAAUCUAUAUUCCGCAUGGAUACAUCUACGGACAGUGGUUUAGGACGUUCUGGUGAAUUAGGCCAUUGGUCACCAACAGAAACAAUGCCAUUGGUGCGCUCAACAGUCGGUCAUUUUAGCGAACUAGGUAGUGCUGAUAAUAACAAUAAUGUACAGAAACGGUAUAGACAAAUACGUCCGCCAAAAGACGUACAGGAUGAAGAGCUAAAAAGACAUUCGAUAGCUGUCGAUGAAAGUGAAUAUAUGCGUGAUAACUUGCGUAAGACUUCACAAGUAAAUUUAAAUGGUUUUACGUAUGAUAUAGUCAAUGAUACGGGAGCUAAAUCCUUACAAACUGUACGUUCUGACACAUUUGAAGCAGUGCAUACGUCAUUAUCCUCAUCUUCUGCAUCAUUACUGCAGCGGUCGCAACAAAAACGUGUAGAAUUUUGUAAAACUGAAGUGCACUUUGCUGCUGAAUCUGGACGUAUAAAUAUUGUGGAAACUGAUGGCAAGCCACCACCAACAAAUAAUUUUAGACGCCGUCGUCGCACCACCAGUAGUGCGUUAGCAACUAAUGUGGGAGCUGUUAAUGCAAUUGCUAAUGUUAGCAAUAAUAACGGUAAUAUUAAUAGUAAUACUUUGGGAUUACCAAUGACACACUUUGGUGAUGACCAACGUCGUAAGUCCAACAUCACAAACACAGUGUCGUAUAGAGGUACGCUAGUAGAUCCAAUACCUGAUGUUCUAGAACCAACUAAUGUUACAAUCUCAAACCCAAACCAUUUCGAAAUAUUUAAUUUAACUGAAAGCUCUCGCAAUAGUUAUGCUUCAACUAGUGGGAUUGAUACCACUGAUGGUGAAAACGAUGAAAUCUCUAACAUACGCGGUAUAUUAAAAAAUAAACCGGUUAAGCCAAAACCCUACAUAUUUUCUAACCUAGAUGAUAUUAUAGAUAGCACCGAUGGGGAGGGUGGCGGUCCGUUCGGAGUGCAUCUUAAACCAAUAAGUAACACAAUAAUGCCAACAGCAACAGUAAGGAAUAGCUUAUCAAACGUGGCAAGCACGACUGUUGCUGAACGCGUCCGUCUUGCUGAAAAACGACAGGAUCCAAUCUUACCAGCUGUUCCAGCAUAUAAUAAUUAUUCCACAAAAAUAAACUUGAGCCUCGGCGAUUCACCAGAUGAUUGGAAUGAAACAGGUGUGCCUACAAUUGGUAUAAUUCAAAGUCGGCCGAGUGCACAGGAAUAUUUGCUACACGAUUUGCGUGAGCACCAACGUAUGCUGGAUGAAGGUCUUAAAUCCACUUCGCUAAUUAUUAAGACAAUGCGUUCGGCUAGUGAGUUUGAUGAAGCAAUGCGUCGUUUGAGAAUAGCUUCAAUGCAAACAGCAGCUAUGACACCUAUUGUCGUGCCAACCCCAAUGGUACGCUCUAAAAGUUACCAGGAACCAACAAGACGUUAUUCAACCACACUACUAGAAAACAGUAGCACCGAAGUAACUAGAUCGACUAGCUUCGGUUCAACAUCUUCGUGGUCUACCACAUCUGAGCGCAGAUACUCGAUGGAAUCAUGUAGUUCUGACCUACAGCAUCUUCCCACAUCACGUCCGAAACUUUUGGGAAACACAAAGAUACCUGUUAGUCAACAAUUGUCACAAUUACGACACUUAUAUGAUAUGGCCGCCACACAGGAAGAUGAUAGCACAGAUGAAGAAGUAAAAAGUUAUUUUCGUGGCAAUAGUGAAAAUAGUGAUAGUGGUGGUGGUACACAGGAGAGCUCUUCACUCGACGAUGAGCGUAUAAUAGAAUAUAGCAAUAGUUGGAAUCGUGUGAAAGCAAAGCGUACACUGUGGAAAAUAGAGCCUGACAACUUAGAGCAGCAAAGUAUUUUGGAAAAAAAAGAGCUUCCAAAAUCCAAUGUAAUGAAUAUUGAGUUACACUCACCCCAAGACGGUUUAGAAGCAAAAACCGCAGAUGUGUUAAAAACGAAGAAAACUACUCCAAUUGCAAAACCUAGAACAACCCAAUCGGAACGACAAAUUAAAAAUUCUUAUCCGAUUAAUUCUACAAAAGUUCAUAUACCGAUUCCGUCACAAAAAAAAACCGAACCAAUCAAAGAGCCAUUAAAAAUAAUUAAAGAAACGCGCGGUGCCAGAAAAUUACGCGAACACGAAUUAUCUUAUUUUGGCGUACAAUCUGAAAAAGUGAAUGCCAACAAUAUCCAUAUAACGAAAGUCCAGACGACUACUCCGACAGUAGCAAACAAUUCGAAACGUACUUUACAGCAUAAAAAAUUAGAUGAUCAUAAAUUUGAUUAUCCAACCGCACUAAAUGAACAAAAACAUCCAACUAAGUGGCAUUUAUUAAACGAUAAGCCGGACUUGCUAAGACAUAGUCCCAUUGUUGUUGAACCACAGUUAAUAACCAGAACGGCUGAAAUCUAUCCUAAUUUUCGCAAUCAGAAAAAUACACAAAAGGUAACAAAACCUAUAAGUACUCCAAAGUCAACAAGUCCUGUUUUAAUCGAUCAGGAGAUAGAACAUUUUUACGAAAAUACAACAAAUGAGCUAACACCGGUAUUUAAAGUUAAACAACUCAAUCCAACUAGUUCUUAUGACAGAAAAACCGAUUUAAAACGUGAUGCUAUGAUUUUAAACGAGAUGACCAAAAAUGCUGACCAGACAAUGAAAGCACUUUCAGACGAGGCAGCAAUAAAAGAUGAACGUCGUCGAAGUGUACAACGGCGUCAUACUAAGCCACUUGAAACCAUUGAUGAGAAGACUAUAACGGAGAAGUUAAACGAUAAAUGCAUUGUAGUUAAAGUUUCACGGAGUACAUUAUCUUCUGAAGCAAAACGUAUCUCUUCAAGACAUUCUACACCUUCACCAACAACACGUGUACGUACCUCUUCUCAAUCAUCCACCGAAAGUGGUCCACGCUCAGGUUCAAUUUCCAGUGACAUGGAGUACGAUAGCAGAACGAAAGGCAAACACUCGUCUAGCACAAUACAUAAGAAAACAACAAAAAUUGUAUCUAACAGUCGUUCGAAUUCACUCGAUUCACAACGUUCAGUGCAAAACUCGUCAGCCGAAGAACUAUCUCAUGGCAGAGGGCAUGUAAGUAGCAAAUCUAAACGACACUCACAUGGAACUCACACAAAAGAAAAGCAUAGUACAGAAAGUACUGAACAUAAAAAAGAAGACCAUCAUCAUCAACAACUAAGUCGUUCUUACGGUGAUAGGCAACGCUCAGGUAAUUCUACCCAUUCUACUCGCAGAGAACGUAGUAAUUGUAAGGAUAUGAAAUGUCAGCAUCAUCACCUGCAGACAUUGCUUCACUCUGCACAUGCUAGCAGUCAUAACGAACGAAAACGAAGAGAUGAACACAGUAGUGAAUCAAGACAUGACAGGCAUGAACAUGAACGCAUUGGUUCAGGAGUUACACGUCCAACACCAAUUGGACAACAAACAAAACCUGAACGCGGUGAAAAAGAAAAACUAACACGAUCUAGAGGUCACUCGAGCAAAGCCGCGAGCAAUGAACGUCAUUCCCAAACACCGACAUCAUCAUCAUCAUCAUCGAAACGUGAACUUGAACGCAAACAUGAGCGAGAUGUGGAGCGUGAACUAAAAAGAUCUUCAAGUAAACAUCGAUCAAUAACCACAAACGGAACUCAUGAUAGUAAUGCGAAGUACGUAAGCGAAUCGAAUUUAAAAAAAAAAACCGAAUUAGAAUGCAUAAUAGUUACAAAUGAAACAACAGUACCUGCAACAAGCACGGAAAGUCUUUUAGUAACAUUAUCAUCACCAAACACAUUAACGCUCACGUCCACAAAAGCGGAAACUGAAAAGUCAGAUCAAAUUAAAACAGUGAUAACAGCCACUUCAACUGCUAUUCGAACGCACACACAUGAGACACAACCGCCUAUACUACCACCACCACGAAAAAAACGCCAAAGGUCACUUAUACCCAUUCCAGUUAGAGAAUCACCCACAUAUGAAUAUAAAGUUGCAACCAAAAUAAUACCUCCAACCUAUUCUAAUCAAUCCACUUUGCGUAAAAGCUCUCUGCAACGUAACAGUGCACGUAUUGCACUGAUACAAGCACGUAAACCAUCACUCAAACAUACCCAUUCCACCUCCUCCUCCUUUGCUUUCCUGCCAUAUUUACCUGCAAAACGUAAUUCUGAUGUUAGUCACAUCUAUGACAAUUAUUUACUUUAUGCCACGCCAGCAACAAUCGUAGGCAAAUCGCGUCCUUACACACAAAACCUGGUAAAUGAUCACGUUGGACUGUUCGGAAGUGCCAGCAGGCGUCCACGUGCCACGGUUGGUGCAAGCAGCAGUAAAGCGUUUCGGGUGCGCACAACACGCAGCAGCGUGUCCACACAUCAUCCGUUCGGCAUUUGCACAUGUUCAUAGUCAGUGAAGCACAAAAUUAUAUGCAUUGUGUUCACAACCGAUAAAGAAGUCCCUUAUCUCAUUAACAAACCCUAAAGAGAAAACGUCGGCAGCACUUAUGUUAUUUGGACCUCUGAAUGUGUAAAAAACAUCAAAACAAAAGCACUUGGAUCUCAAUAAACAACCAAUCAAAUUAUAAUCAUUAUCUACAGCAUCAGAAAUAAUCCAACAACAAAACAAAAGAUAUUUUGCACUUAAGAUAUUCUUACUUUUAGAAACUUGUACUAUUUACUCGCAAUUAUAUAUUCUGCAACUACCUCACUACACAAACCACCAUUCAGCACGCACGCUAAAAACUCUAACCUCAAUUUUAAUAAUUCUAGAAACCAAGAAUAAACUAUGUAAAUAACGAACGACAGACAAACAGUACCAAUUCUGCUAAACUCCAAAACGCAAACCACAAAAACCAAACAAAAAUUUAUAAUUAUUUUGUGUGCCAUAUUUUGUU